AUGCCCCGAGCCGGGCUCUGCAGCUGCUGGGGAGGCCGGGUGCUGCCCCUGCUGCUGGCCUAUGUCUGCUACCUGCUGCUCGGCGCCACUGUCUUCCAGCUGCUGGAGAAGCAGGCGGAGGCUCAGUCCAGAGACCAGUUCCAGUUUGAGAAGCUGCGCUUCCUGGAGAACUACACCUGCCUGGACCAGCAGGCCCUGGAGCAGUUUGUACAGGUCAUCAUGGAAGCCUGGGUGAAGGGUGUGAACCCCAAGGGCAACUCCACCAACCCCAGCAACUGGGACUUUGGCAGCAGCUUCUUCUUCGCAGGCACAGUUGUCACCACCAUAGGAUAUGGUAACCUGGCACCCAGCACGGAAGCAGGCCAGGUCUUCUGCGUCUUCUACGCCCUGGUGGGCAUCCCACUCAACGUGGUCUUCCUCAACCACCUGGGCGCAGGCCUGCAUGGCCACCUGGCUACCCUGGAGAGGUGGGAGGAGCAGCCCAGGCGCUCCCAGCUGCUGCAGAUCCUUGGCCUGGCUCUGUUCCUGACCCUGGGGACGCUGGUCAUUCUCAUCUUCCCGCCCAUGGUCUUCAGCCAUGUGGAGGGCUGGAGCUUUGGGGAAGGCUUCUACUUCGCCUUCAUCACUCUCAGCACCAUUGGCUUCGGGGACUAUGUUGUCGGCACAGACCCCAGCAAGCAUUACAUCUCUGUGUACCGGAGCCUGGCCGCCCUUUGGAUCCUCCUGGGCCUGGCAUGGCUGGCGCUGAUCCUCCCACUAGGCCCUCUGCUUCUGCACAGGUGCUCCCAGCUCUGGCUGCUCAGCAGGGGACUCAGCCUCAAGGACCGGGGAGCCCCCGAGAUGGAUGGGCUCCCCAGACCUCAGAAGAUCCCCAUCUCUGCGUGA